AUGUUGACCAACAUGGUCCUGGGACAAAUUACUGGCUAUCCAAAGAUGCUUAUUCUGGGAGACCGCCUCCCGCCAUUUAUCCAUGCGCCUUGCUACACAGACGAGAGGCUUGCUCCAGAAUGCGGCGAGAUGGGGAAACACCAAUGCUUACCAAAGAGGCUUGCCAUUUGCGCCAGCCUGGUGGAUAUGUUCUAUUCGCGGACAGAUGCCAACGCGGACUUCGUCUGGCAGACGAUAUACUCUGAGGGACAGAGAUUGCGUGAAGAGCAUAAAAGCUUAGACUCAUACGGCCAACUUGCUGCCCUACAAGCGGUCAUCAUAUAUAUCCUCCUGCAAGCUCAGGACCCAGAGACAGCGGAACGAAAUGGCGCCAAUGCUCUGCUCUUAGUUAUGAUAGAGCUCUUCACUUGUCUCACUGAGAGCAUUGACUGGGAUACAUGCGACUUUACUGAAAGAUCAGACAAACAACACUGGGUAUUAAGAGAGUCUUUGAGACGGAUAGUCGCCUUACUCGGCCUUGUCGAGCUACUUUUCGAAGGCCUAAUCCCACCUCACACAGCCCAAGCCAACCCUCCGUACAAAAACUUCCGGUCUACUCCUCUACCCAGUCAGCGUGACUUGUGGGAAGCCCGCACCAACAGAUCCUGGAAGCGAGAGCUGAAGCUCUACCUCUCAGGCCGGACGUCGCAAGAAGUGCUAACAGUCGGGGACCUGUUCGAGUUAGAUAACGCGGGAUGUUUCAAGAACACGUGGAACAAUCAGCAGGCGUAUAGCAAGUUGCCGGAUGCAGUCAGUUGGUGUGGAAACUCUGAUUCGUUGGGGAUGUUAAUCUGGAUGGUGCUUCCGUUUCAAAAAUGGAGAAAGAGAGAUGCCCUCUGGUGA